UCACAUGUUCUUAUCACAUAGUCGUGUUCUCAGUUCAACACAAACUUCAAGGAACGAGAUAACUAACCCAGAUCAAAAUGUAUCUUAUAUUGGUAUACACAUUUUUACCGGCAAUCUCAAUUCUGGCUGGGCUUUGUCUUGCUGAUGAUACUUGCCCAGAGGUGAAGGUUAUAGGAGUUGGUGAUACAGACAGGCUUACCAUACUUAGAGGAUGUCCCGGGAGUCCAGGAUCUUCUGGUCUGAAGGGAGAUCAUGGGACACCAGGAGAGAAAGGUCGAGAGGGAGCCCCAGGAAAAGUUGGACCAAAAGGUCAAAAGGGGAGGUCUGGAGAUACAGCCCUGCUAGUUAGAAAAGCUGCCAAGAACUGUAAGGAGCUGUUGGACGGGGGCAUGGUACUAAGUGACUGGUAUACAAUAUAUCCAAAUGACGAGACCCCACUCAAGAUGCUGUGUGACAUGCAUACUGAUGGAGGGGGAUGGAUAGUUUUCCAAAGGCGAUGGGAUGGGUCAGUGGAUUUUUUCCGUGACUGGAAAUCAUACAAGGCAGGGUUUGGAAGUCGCCUAAAUGAAUUUUGGCUGGGGAACGAUAAUCUUCACAUAUUAACGGCAUCUGGUACAUGGGAGCUUCGUAUUGACCUGACGGACUUUGAAAACAUGAAAUAUUUUGCCAAAUACGCCUCAUUUCAGGUUUUUGGGGAGACUGAGAAAUACAAGCUAUUGCUCGGAGCUUUCACGGAGGGGAAUGCAGAUGAUUCUCUAACACAUCACAACAACAUGAAAUUCACAACAAAAGACCAAGAUAAUGACCUUGAUAGAUCAAACAGCUGCUCUAAAAUGUAUAAAGGAGGCUGGUGGUAUAACGACUGUCACGUUUCCAAUCUAAAUGGGCUCUAUCUGUUGGGACAACACAAUACUUUUGCUGACGGUAUCAACUGGUAUCACGGAAAAGGGUAUAACUACUCCUACAAGCACAGCGAAAUGAAAAUCCGCAAUAUUUAAUGCCAUUAUCACAGAGUAAUAUGCUGACUGUCAAAUAUGUACAUUUAUAACAGAAAUUUACCAAUUCAAUUAUUCCCCUACU